CGUCGAAACUCGUAUAUCAGUUAGGAUAUAUUGUCUAUAUAUAUAUCUGCCGCUGCGGUGCAGUGCGUUGCUGUUGGAUUCAAAUUUUAGGCAAGGAUGGACUCCGUUAACUUUGCUUGCUCUCGCGCCACUCUGCCUCGCUAUAGACAGUUCAAUUGUCUCUAUGGUGGAAACAUUCAUACUCUGACAACAGUCAAGUCUUUCAAGCAGCUGGAUGCAAAAGUGGGUGUCAGUAUCAAAGUGAGUUUGAAAUUAAAAUCUACAGAGUUCUCUGGGGAAGGCAACCAUCUCAGUCGUUCUGUUGGUUGUAAAAUUGCACCUGAGGCUCUCAUUAAUGACUUAUCAGCUGGAGUUGAGUUGAAACCUGAUCCUGGUGUGUUAGAAAGUCUUUCAGCCAAUACUGCUGCAACUGCUAGUGGUUUCCCUGGUGAAAACGAUGAAUGUGAUUUGGAUCUGCCAUCAGAAGGCUUCUCAUCUAUUUCAGAGGCCAUUGAAGACAUUCAACAAGGAAAGAUGGUUAUUGUUGUAGAUGACGAGGAUAGAGAGAAUGAAGGAGACCUAAUAAUGGCUGCAUCAAAAGUCACUGCCGAGGCUAUGGCUUUCUUUGUGAAGCAUGGAACUGGGAUAGUUUGUGUGAGCAUGAUGUCUGACGACUUGGAAAGGUUGCAGCUUCCCCUGAUGGUAAGCCACAAGGAAAAUGAGGAGAAACUUUGUACUGCGUUCACUGUUUCAGUGGACGCUAAACGUGGAACAAGUACAGGUGUUUCAGCACACGACAGGGCAACGACAAUAAGGGCUCUUGCAUCAAAAGAUUCAAAGCCUGAGGACUUCAACCGCCCGGGACACAUAUUUCCCUUGAAGUACAGGGACGGUGGUGUCCUGAAAAGAGCUGGGCAUACAGAAGCUUCGGUAGAUCUUGCGACACUGGCUGGAUUAGAGCCUGCUGGAGUUCUGUGUGAGAUUGUUGACGAUGAUGGUUCCAUGGCCAGACUAACAAAGCUUAAACUGUUUGCCAGAAAAGAAAAGUUAAAAGUAGUAUCUAUUGCUGAUUUAAUUAGAUAUAGGAGAAAGAGGUCUAGAUUAGUUGAACAUGCAUCUGCUGCUCGUAUACCAACCAUGUGGGGCCCAUUCACUGCAUAUUGCUACAAAUCAGUUUGGGAUGGAAUCGAGCAUAUAGCCAUGGUUAAGGGUGAUCUUGGUGAUGGACUAAAUGUUCUGGUCAGAGUGCACUCCGAGUGUCUCACUGGAGACAUCUUUGGAUCAGACCGAUGUGACUGCGGACACCAGUUGGCACUCGCAAUGCAGAAGAUUGAAGCUGCAGGUAGGGGCAUCUUGAUUUACCUCCGUGGUCACGAGGGCAGAGGAAUUGGUUUGGGACACAAACUUCGAGCCUACAAUCUACAAGAUGAUGGACAUGACACUGUUGAGGCGAAUGAGGAACUGGGAUUACCUGUUGAUUCCAGAGAGUAUGGUAUUGGUGCUCAGAUACUAAGGGAUCUUGGAGUCCGAACAAUGAAGCUGAUGACUAACAAUCCUUCAAAGUACAUCGGGCUCAAGGGCUAUGGCUUGACCAUUGUAGGCAGGGUGCCCUUAGUGACUGCCAUCACAAAGGAGAACAGGAGAUACUUGGAAACAAAAAGAUCCAAAAUGGGACAUGUUUAUGGACUGCAUGUCAAUCCCUGCCCAGACAUCAACAUGGAAAACGGCCACCCGAGUUAAUCUGAAUGGUAAUAGAAUGUUUGGUAAGGUUUGUUGCUGGAUCAAUGAAUCUUUGAGGGAAAUAAGAUUAAACUGAAGCAUAAUUUAUUUCCAACAUUCUUUGUAGAAAUUAAUUGGGGGUAUAUCUUCUCAA